CAAAGUUUUCAUAAUUGCUGGCUAUUUACCUGCUGAAAUUUAUGCGCGACCUACUAAAUGUUGUUUCACACGCGUCCCUUUCUUAGUGCACUCUGUCGCACAGCUGUCAACCAAAUCAGAUCAUACUCAUCUCCGAAGAAAAUGGCUGCUAGUCCCAAAAGAGCUAAGCUGUCUGAUGAAGAAAGGCCUUCAAUACUUGCCACUCUCAAAGAAUCUGGCUGGACUUUGGUUGAAGGCAGAGAUGCUAUUUAUAAAGAAUUCAUUUUCAAAGAUUUUAAUCAGGCAUUUGGAUUUAUGACCAGAAUAGCAAUAAAGGCAGAUAAAAUGGAUCAUCACCCAGAAUGGUUCAAUGUUUAUAACAAGGUACAAAUUACUCUGAGCACCCAUGAUGUCGGAGGCUUGUCUCACAGGGAUGUUACGCUUGCUAAUUUCAUUGAAGAAGUGGCAAAAUGAGAUGUGGCAUAUCUAGCGUAAUUUGGAGAAGUCUAAUUCAUGACUAUCAGAUCAAUAUGAUUUAUUUGCAUAGACAAAGUAGAAUGCUGGGUGAAAUAAAAAUCAUUCCUUUCAAAAUGAACAUGACAUUUACAAAAUGAAACUGAUUAAUGCAACUGCUUAAUUAUAAGCUACUUAGGAACAAUAAGUUAUAUCCUGUUAUAAUUACUUCUACAAAUUCCUAUUUACAACAGGAUAAUUCAUAGUCUUGACUUUUCUUCUUUUACAAAAAAAAAUCAAUAAUACUGUUAGUCCAUUUAUUAAAACAAAUUGGUAGAUGCUAAUUUUGUAUCUAUUUGUUAAUAAAAGUCUUGUUAAUGUUUUGAAUUUCACUGAAAUUAUAUGUAGAUGCAUUGUAAAAGCUAUUUCUGAUUUUUUUUUAAAUUUAUAGACAUUGUCAAAAUUUUUCUAGUUUAAUGUUUAAACAGAUAACCAUUAUGUAAUGCUAGAAGAACUGGAAAGCUCAUAAGCAGAAUUCAUUUAGGCAGAUGCAUUUAUUGUUAUUUUUAGCUAACAAAAAUGUGUUCUUUCUUUAAUGUCAAUUUUAUUGCUAUUUUAUAUGUAAUAUACAUGUUAUCAAAACACGGUCAGAUAUUUUGCAAUUUACCUGAUUAAAAUUAUUGUUUAAAAUA